GGCUAGAUCCAAAAUGGCGGCAGUUGCUUCGCUAAGCUGGCUCGAAAUAAAAACACGGUCAGUGCCCGAGCUCUGGAGCGGCCGGCAGCGGGAGAGAAGUUACCGCUUCUCCUGCUCCGCUUUCCCCUGAUUACACUGAAUAAAAGGCAGGUGAUUCCGGAGCUGUCCGUCACCCACCAUGAAGAUCUCUGAGUGCAAACUGAGCACGCACCGUGUUCUCCUAUAAGCUGCCUGUACUCAUUGAACCAUGCCUGAAGAUUAGUGCACCUCUCCUAAGCCAAAUACCAUUUAAAAAUCUACAUGACCCUCCAUGUAGGCCUCCUCUCCGUCCCACUGGAGUGAACCCCCUAGUCUUGAUUUCCUUCCCUUCCCAUCGAGACCAUCUUUUGUUGUCCUCUUGAAGACAAACCGGGACAAUGUCCCUGUAUUUGAAAAUGGCUCCUACAUAAAAACCCUUCAGUCCCAUGCGUCCUGUAAGUGGAGACUCGUCCAGUGCUGCCCCUCCCGAGAGUGUGUCGUUGCUGGACUCUCUUUCCCCAUCCGAUAUGUCCCUGCUGCAGUCCUUGGGCCCAGUGCAGAGCUGGCUGGGCCAGGAGCUGGAGAAAUGUGGCAUAGACGCCAUGAUCUACACCCGAUACGUCCUCAGCCUCCUGCUGCACGACAGCUACGACUACGAUCUGCAGGACCAGGAGAACGACAUCUUCCUGGGUUGGGAGAAGGGAGCCGGUAAAAAAUGGGGGAAGAGCAGGAGGAAGGGAGGGACAGACCUGAGUCUGGAGGAGAUGAAGAAGCAGGCCGCUGUGCAAUGCCUGCGCUCUGCUUCUGAUGAAAACUCUGGAGUCGAAAGUUUGGUCGAGGAGCUUUGCUCCAAGCUCAAGGACAUUCAGAACAAACAAAAAGAAAAAGAAAAGCAAACGAUUAAGAAGUCUGAUGAAUCCCGAUCUCCUGAAUUGGCUGAAUCACCUUCCUCUAAAGACCAGGUGGAAAUGUACUAUGAAGCCUUUCCACCUCUAUCAGAAAAACCUGUUUGUCUGCAAGAGAUUAUGACUGUGUGGAACAAGGCUAAAGCGAGUGCAUAUUCCAGCUCCUCAUCUGCUGCCCCUCAAACGAGCACGGACACCUCCUCCCCGAAAGACUGCACCAGUGAGGGCGAAGUCUUCAAGGACAAAGCACCUGAUGCAUCAGUCACUACCACUACCAGUGAGAAGGCUCAGCACAGACGCAGCAAGAAAGAAAAAGAGAACCGAUACCACGGGGGUGCUUCUGGGGCUUGCAGCGACCAGGUUGUCUCUCAAAAUAAAAGGCAUGCCAGACAUCGUUCUGAUUUGGGGCACCGUCCUCGGUCUUGGUCCUCCGGCUCCAGCGAGGGUGGCUCAAGCUCCAGUGGUAACCAGGGUGAGGCAAAGACCUGUAAAGGGACUCGGAUCAGACACAGGUCUCGUGAGGUUAGCAGCAAAAACAAAAGAGGGCGAAACCAUGGGCAAGUCAAACUGGCCCUUAAGGCUAUUGACAAAGAAGAGCGCAGAAACACAGGUAGCAGUUGCAGUGCCUCCGAAGGCCCUUUGAAGAACCAACAGCACUACACAAAAAAAGGCAAAAAGCCAUUAAGGGAGCUUCGGAAAGAUCCCAGCUGGGUUGACUUGAAAGAGUCUGGAGGUGAAGCCAAUAAUAACAGGGAAUACAUGGAAGAACCCCUUUGGUACACCGAGCCCAUAUCAGAGUUUUUUGUCCCUUUCAGCUGGAGUAAACUGGAGACAAAGUAUCGAAGCAAACCAGAUUCCCCCAGUGACCUAGCCACAGCCAUCGAUGUGGAGAGUCUGUCAGAGCAAGUACAAGGGAUCUGCAUUGCCAACACUUCAAUUCAAAGGGCGUACUUUACAGCAGGUACUUUCGUGGAUGGGCAUUUUGUAGAAGUGUCCGGCGAGGCAAACGAGGAGGCCACUGAACUGAAUGGGACCUCAAGCUGCCCUCUUCCUGAGGAUGGUAAAGAUUUAGAUGAUGAGCAUCUGUCUGAAUUCACUCACUUCUAUGAAGUUGAUAUAUACCAAUCCAUAUUGGAUCCCAGUGCCUCAGAUGCAGUACAAGAAAGUCGAAUCUUAAACAUGAUUCGGCAAAAGAGCAAUGAGCCAAGAGACAUUGAGGCAGGGUGUUGUGUAGUUUUAGAUGGCUUUGAACUGCAGGGGGAAAGUGCAAUAAAGGCAGAUUCUUUGGGAGCUUCAGGAGACGACGUGAUUCUUACGCAAGACAUGGAAAACAUUGCUCAUAUGUGGGAGUGCUGCUCAUCAUCUAGUUCUGAGGAAUUGGAAGUAGAAAGCUGUGCAGGUGACUCUCCAGUUAGGCUUUCCCCACUGUUGGGCAGCAUGCCAUUUAACCUGAGCAGGUUGUCAGGAACUUUUGGAGAGCCCCCUGUCCAAGAUGUUAGUGGGAGCACGAUGGCCCUAAACUCCUGUUUCUCGCUCUUUGAGGUGCAGUGUGAUAGCUCUGCUUUCCCCUUUUCCUGCGACUCGCUUACAUCCAGUCGCGAAAAUGUAGAUUCAAGUAGCUGUCUAGAUUCUCAUGCAAACAAACAGUCUCGCUUGCUAAUUUGGACCAAAAAUAGUGCCUUUGAUGAAAACGAACACUGCUCUAACCUGUCGACGAGAACAUGCAGCCCGUGGUCCCACUCAGAGGAGACGCGCUCAGACAUUGAGCAAGUCACUGGCCAAGCCGAUGAGUCCUCUCAGUUUGGCAGUGAGGAGCUUGGCUGCAUAAUUCCUCCUGUACCAACUUCGUACCUGGAGGAGGAGUUUUUGGAUUUCUUGCAGGAGAGCCCAAGUCACCAGCAAGAUGAAAUGAAUGCAGGCAUAGUGUCCAAUCAGACCUUCAACAAGGUAUCUAAACUGGAGUCUGUUUGUGGAAUAGCAUUAGAGCAGGAUGAGGGCAAACAGUACAACGCUGUUUUGUUUCCAGAAGACACCAACCAACAAAGUGAUGAUUACAGCUCAGGAAUAAUAAAAGAUAUUUGGAUGGCUAUUGGAGACCGAGAUUGUGUUUUGGCUGUUGAAGUGGAGAAAGCAGACGAUGACUUGUUUUCGGAGGAGACACCCAGCUAUCACUGUGGCUGUCUUGAUGGUGAGGCGAAGGAGCCCAUCGAAAAGAAGGCCGUUCAGCGUUCUGAAUACCACCUGUGGGAGGGUCAGAAGGAGGACCAAGGCCUGGCCAAAAACAAAGUCUCGAAGGUCGACGGAGGGGACUAUGCAACACCCGCCAGGCCGUGGGAUGUUGAUUCAGAUAGGGACAGUACAUCGUUUAUUCUUGGAGGAGUGUACGGAGAACUAAAGACCCUAAGCAGUGAUGAGGAGUGGACCGUGGUCCAGCCCAUCAACACUUGUGAGAGCCUGUUGCAGUGCGCCUCGGCUUCCUCGUCCGAUGUGGUGACCAUUGCGGGCACGGACGUGUUCAUGAAUACAGGCAGUUGCUUUGCUCCUGGUCAUAAGCCUCUUUGGCGCCCUUUGGUGUCCUUUGGACAGAACGGUCAGGCUACCAAAGGGUCAGGGGAAGGACUGAAUAAGGGAUUUUCUGUUAUCUUCCAUGAAGAUUUACUUGGAUCCUGUGGAGGCUAUUGCGGAGAGCAGCAAGGACUUGAUUAUCCAUUUUCAUCCUUUGAUCUCAGUAACCCUUUUUCCCAGGUCCUGCAUGUGGAAUGCUCCUUUGAACCAGAAGACAUGGCCUCAUUCAGCCCAGGAUUCAAGCCAAAGUCCAUACUGUGCUCAAACUCCGACAACGAGCCAUUCAGUCCGAGGCUUUAUGGCAUCAACCGCACUCAGUACCGGGCCAUCCGCAUAUCCCCGAGGACUCACUUCCGGCCGAUAUCGGCUUCUGAACUUUCUCCCGGCUGGUGUAGCGUGUCGGACGGAGAGUCUGAAAAGGAGGAAAUGAGUGUUCCUGUUUCUGGUCAGACGGACCUCUUUGAUGACCCACAGGCAGACCUCAAACCCCUGGAGGAAGACGCAGAAUGCGAAGGCCCUUACUAUGGAAAGUCUGAACUGGAAUCUGGUAAAUUCUUACCCAGAUUAAAGAAGUCGGGCAUGGAGAAGAGUGCCCAGACGUCACUGGAUUCCCAGGAAGGUGCGGGCACGACUCUGACCACUGUCGAGCAGGAGAUUUGCUUAGACUGCGAAAUCGCAGGAAAACCUGCAGCAGUGGCCACGAGCUCUCACGUGGAGGUGCCUGUGGAUACGUUUCAGAAACAGGAGUCCUGCACAGAAAGGGAGGCUUGUAGGUCUGUUGGAGCAAGCCAGCUUCUGGAAUUUGGGAAAUCAUAUGACGUGGUUCAAGAUUUGCAUGAGUUUCCCCUGUUGAGUUUUGGAGAGCGGAGUGUGACGACUGGCCAGCGUGAGGACUGCUGGUGGCAGAAUACACUUUGUUCCUCCAUGUUUUCAGGAUCUCGAUGCACAGAAAGCAGUAACAUAUGAGUUUGCUGCUGAGCGCAGAGGAACCGGGCUGAAACCGGGCUUCUUCAGAACCUCGGCGCUUUUCUCCUCCUGCAUUAAAACCCAGCAGAGGAUGAGGAUGAGGAGCAGUUUCAUCAGAACAGAACAUCGAAACCUCUGUUAAUCUUUAAGUUUGAUCCCCCGGCCCCACCCCUUCCCUCCUCCUCCUCCUCCUCCUCCUCCUCCUCUCACCCAACCCUUUUGUAAUCAUUAGAAACAUAACCGAAGGGGAACUGUGUGUGUGUGUGUGUGUGUGUGUGCGUGCGUGCGCGCGCGCUCAGUCUUUAUGGAUCUGUUUGAAGUGUGUGUAUUAAUCAGCUUUGACAAAAGGCAUGUAGCUGAUGAUGAUCCUUAGUCAAGUCAGGUGAUCUUUACUUGAACCCCAUCUGAUUUAUUUAUAUAUA